AGUCGGGAAGUCCCUCGUCCUUCCCCUUUCGAGCAGUCACUUCUCGGGUACUUGCCCUGUACCUCGAACUUGAAACAACACACACGAAUGACGGCAUAGCCAGUGGAAAAUCCUCGAAUCUGAAUGGACUAGAGCGUGAUAACUUCUCCUUUAAAAAUUUGCAACGGGAAAGAUGAGAUGGCCGUGGUUUGGAACGAAACGCCCCCAGUCCCUCCCCUUUUCAAGUCCAGCCAGGACAGUUCCGAAUCGUGCACCCGAAGCUAGCGAGACUAUGUCGAGCCUCACUCCGUCUGACGUUGAUAUAUCCCAUCCUCGCGCUCUCCCCUUGCUUUUGCUUCCUUUGCUCUUCAUCUUCCUUCGUUCUGCCACUUCUUUCGGAAGACUUGGCCUUUCGAGAUCGAAGAACGCCUCACUAACACCCGGCUUUCCCCUUCACUCGUUCUAGCUUUGUAAGCACCAUAGUCUUUGUUCUCGAUCUGCUGAGCUCCACGCAUCAUUGUGUCCAUUGACAGUAGUUUGGUCUUCC